AUGUUAUGGAGUGACGAAACACGAAGACAUAAUAAACACAAUCGUGACCUUGCCUACGAGUAUCCGUUCGAAGGUUACGUACCUAUUAGAAAGACCACGCACUUGAGAAGCGUUAGAGAUAUUACAUAUAGGUCUAAGCUGCUGAUUGUUGUGUCCGUUAGAUUUGUUGAACUUAAUUAUACGCAAUCAAUAACAACACAAAACAAGAUCCAAAAAGCUACUAAAGACCACAAAAAUUUUGAUGAAUUAUCAUCGCACAAUACUUUCGUCUCCCUUCGUAAUCAAUAA